CGUAGCGCUAUGCUUCUGUCUCCAUGGAAACGCUGCGAACUCGUUAGGGCGAGAUUAGCUGCUUGUUUUGCACUGAGUAUUUAGCUUGGUUAGUAAAGUAUAACGUCGGGUUAGCAUGUAUUUUAAAUAUGUGUAUUAUUUAUAGUAUCGACUUUUAUUUAAAUAAAACACGAAGUCUUAUUUGGUGAACGAAGCAAGUUAGCUUUACGGGUUAGCUGCUUUGGGCUCGUGCCAUGGAUCAGUACAGUAUUCUCGGUAGGAUUGGCGAAGGAGCGCAUGGAAUUGUGUUCAAGGCCAAACAUAUCGAGACAGGAGAGACGGUGGCACUGAAGAAAGUGGCCCUACGAAAGCUAGAAGACGGGAUUCCCAACCAAGCACUGAGAGAAAUUAAAGCACUUCAGGAAAUUGAAGAUAACCCAUACGUAGUAAAGCUGAAGGAUGUGUUCCCACACGGUACCGGCUUUGUGCUGGUCUUCGAGUACAUGCUCUCGGAUCUGUCGGAGGUUAUCCGGAACUCUCAGAGACCCCUGACUGAAUCUCAGGUCAAGGGCUACAUGAUGAUGUUACUCAAAGGGGUGGCUUUCUGUCAUGAGAACUCCAUCAUGCACAGGGAUCUGAAGCCUGCAAACCUUCUAAUCAGCUCGACAGGUCAUUUGAAGAUUGCUGAUUUUGGUCUGGCCAGGCUUUUUUCCAAUGAAGGAGAGAGGCUUUACAGCCAUCAGGUGGCCACAAGGUGGUACAGAGCUCCAGAGCUUCUAUACGGUGCUCGGAAAUAUGACGAAGGAGUAGAUCUCUGGGCAGUGGGCUGUAUUUUUGGGGAGCUGUUGAAUAACUCUCCUCUGUUCCCUGGAGAGAAUGACAUCGAGCAGCUGUGCUGCGUGCUCCGUGUCCUGGGAACUCCCAACCAGAAAGUGUGGCCGGAGAUCACAGAGUUGCCAGAUUACAACAAGAUCACGUUUAAAGAUAACCCGCCGAUCCCUCUGGAGGAAAUCGUGCCUGACACGUCCCCUCAGGCCAUUGACCUGCUGAAGAAAUUUCUCGUGUAUCCGUCCAAGCAGAGGAUUAAUGCCAGACAGGCUUUACUGCAUCCCUACUUCUUCACAGACCCGCUCCCUGCCCAUCACUCGGAGCUGCCCAUUCCUCAGCGCGGGGGGAAACACUCUCGCCAGCGACUGCAGCCCCCCUACGAGUUCUCGGUGGAACGGCCUUUGCAUGAGAGCCUGGUGGAUCCCGGUCUGAUCCAUCCACACGCAUGGGGGUGUUUAUAAACACUGCUUCACUCAUCAUGGCUUCUUUCCACGGUAGCAGGUCUCUGAAGCGGACUGUGCAUUAGUGUUUAGCAUUCUUCAAAUAUUCGUGAAUAUAUAAUAUAGUAAGUGAGGUCUAAAAAUGAGUGCUAUUUAUUUCCUGACUGUAAUAAUACAAAUUCAGGAUCUUAUAUCAAAUAUUGUGUUUUUUCUUCACUAGGGAAUGGCCAUAGUUGUUGUAAAGUCAUUUAGAUCAUUCUAGACCUGUGAUCUUAUUCUUUAGAGCACAUUUGAAUAAACCAAAGUGGUUCAGGA